AUGUUUGACCCUGACACCUUGCCAUAUUAUAACCCUGCUGUGGAAAGGAAAGUAGCGUUGAUAACGGGUGGGAACAGCGGCAUUGGGUGGUAUACGGUUCUACAUCUGUAUCUACAUGGCUUUUGCGUUUAUGUUUGCGGGAGGAACUCCGCUAGGGUGAACAAAGCAAUGAAAGGCAUCAUUGCAGAGGCUAAGAGAAGAGCGGAAAAUGAUCCCAAGGUGUACAUGGGCUCACUGCAUUACUUGCAUAUUGAUCUUGCAGAUUUGCGUAGCGUGGAGAGGGCAGCCCAAACCGUACAAAGGCGGGAAGUGAAGUUGGAUGUGUUGAUCAACAAUGCCGCAGUCAUGGCUACGCCCUACCAGGUGACAAAGGAUGGGUUUGAAGUUCAACUGCAAGCAAAUUACGUGGCACAUUUCUUGCUGUCGAUGCGACUGCUCCCUCUGCUGCAGGCGUGCCACGGGAGACUGAUAAUGCUGUCGUCGGUAGGGCAUAACUUGGAGUUCAUCUACUGGGCGCUCAGUCAGGACUGGAAUUACCGACCCAAUUGUAUCUUCACGUGGCUCCGCUACGCAAUGGCGAAAACCGCUUCCAUUCAGUUUGUCAAGAUGAUGGCCAUCAAAUACCCAGACCUCUUGUGUCUGUCCGUUCACCCAGGUCUUGUAAUGAACACCAACCUGUUCAGUUACUGGACUCGGCUGCCGAUUGUCGGCAUAUUUUUCUGGAUGCUAUUCCAGAUCGUCGGCUUCUUCUUCGGGGUCUCCAGUGAAGAAGGCUGUCUUGCUACUUUGAAGUGUGCUUUAUCUCCAGAACUUUCAAGAGAAGAGGAUAAUGGCAAGUAUUUUGUUACUGGAGGCCGCGAAGCCAAACCAAGCUACAUCGCCAACAACCUUGAUGACGCCGCUUCCACAUGGAUAUGGACGGUCCACCAGCUCAGGGAUCGUGGCUACAACGUCUGA